UCAGAGUUGUUUCACCGUACGUCUCGUUGAUGACCAAUUCUUUCUAAAAUUUUGUCUGCACCGUCCAUUCGUUCAGCUUUUUGCUGCUUAAUUUGUGGUUUAUUAUUGGACAACAUUACACAAUACUAUAAGUAGUAUUCUUCAUUUGUUCUAAUAUAAUAAUAAUAAAGUAAUUAUUACCCCUAGAUUUGCAUCAUGUCAAACACAAAAGAAACAAGGAAAGGAUUAAAAAGAAAGUUUAUAUCGCUUGAAAAGAAAAUCCAAAUCUUAAAUCGUUUAGAAGGCGGGGAAAAAAUAUCGUCUGUUGCAAAAUCAACAAAUUUGAAUGAAUCUACAAUUCGAACCUUAAAGAAAAAUGCAGAUAAUAUAAGGAAAACUGUGGCAGAUUGCUGUCCGAUAGGUGCGAAACGUGUUACUCGCACACGAAAUUCUAAUAUGGUAAAAAUGGAACGGGCGUUAAUGAUCUGGUUGGAAGACUGUAUAGCCAAAAAGAUUCCUAUCAGUGGAAAUCUUAUCAAGCAGAAAGCACUCAAAAUCUACGAACAUUUAAGAAAUAUUGGGCAUUCUUAUGCAGGGCUAGAAAAUCAGUCGGUUGUCGCGAGUAAAGGAUGGUUUGAAAAACUAAAAAAAAGGUACACAUUGCAUAAUAUUAAGUUUCAAGGCGAACAGGCCUCAGCAGAUGUUGAGGCUGCCGAAAAUUAUAAGCUGGAACUAGCUAGAAUUAUCAAUGAAGGAGGUUAUUCACCUGAUCAGAUUUUUAAGGCCGAUGAGACGGCAUUAUAUUGGAAAAAACUACCAUCUAGGACCUUCAUUUCGAAAAAUCAAAGGCGUGCUCAGGGGUUUAAACCUUCAAAAGAACGUAUCACCCUUCAUGUGUGCAGCAAUCUAUCAGGGAGCCUGAUGAUAAAACCCAUGAUAAUAAAUCGUUCUUCAACUCCCCGUGUAAUGAAAAACAUUAAUAAGAGCCAAUUGCCUGUAUUCUGGCGAUUUAAUAAGAAAGCUUGGAUGACUCAAGAUUUAUUUAAGGAUUCGUUUUAUAAUUGUUUUAUCCCGGCAGUGGAAACCUAUACGAUGGAAAAAAAUUUGUAUUUCAAAGUUUUAUUGGUUAUUGAUAACGCUAGUUGCCACAACAUAGAACUGGACCACCCAAAUGUUAAAAUUGUCUUCCUUCCUCCUAACUGCACGUCAUUAAUACAACCUUUGGACCAAGGAGUCAUUCAAACUUUAAAAAUGUACUAUGCACGCCAACUUUUCCAAACCAUUUUCGACAGAUUAGAAAAUGAUUGUAUUAGAACCGUGUCAUCGGCUUGCGCGGAAAUUAAACCAUCAACGCUUAAUGCGUGUUGGAAAGCUCUUUUACCUCAAAUGGUUCAAGCAAUACAAGAUGAUUCUACAAUUUCACUCCCAGUUACAGAAAUAGUAAACAUUGCUUCUCGUUUAAACGAUGAAGAAUUUGCAGUAAACCAUCAGGAUGUAAGAGAACUAGUACUCGGGGAAGAAACUUUAGAUGAGGAAGAACUGAUGGAAUUAAUUGAUGGACACACCUCAAAUGCAUUGGUAAACGAAAAUAAGGAAAACGAAUGGGUGCCAAAACUCGAUUUACAAGAUGUGAAAAAAGGGCUAAAUUUGGCUAAAGAAUUAGAACUUCAUUUCAUUGAAACUGAUCAUUCAACGGUGCGCAGUGCAAAGUUUAAAAGAGAGUUAAGAAUCUGCUUAGCUCCCUCUAGAGAGAUUUUAGUGGAGUUAGAAAAAAAAGCUACAAUCCAAAACCAAUGUGAAGAUCAACCAAGUGAGGAAGACAUUUUGCCCAUUAAAAGAAGGCGAGUUAAGCGACUCAUAUCUGACAGUGAGGAUGAGUGUUGA